UUGUGGCUUCUCAACCCUCCUCAUGGAUCCCGCUUCAUAUGUCCAAACUAUUGCAGGAAUCUUAGCAUUGUUAAUUGCAUACAUUUUGUUUAGGUCCGUUAAAUCUCCUAAUGGAUCUAAACAAAGAAAGGGUAACCAAGUACCCGAACCUCGUGGUGCUUUACCUUUCAUAGGUCAUCUCCAUCUUCUCAAUGCUAGAAAACCGUAUUUCAGGACCUUUUCGGCCAUUGCUGAGAAAUAUGGUCCAAUUUUCAUUCUCAAAUUGGGUUGCCACCCCACCUUAGUCGUGAAUAGCAGGGAAAUUGCCAAGGAGUGCCUCACAACUAAUGACAAAGUUUUUGCCUCAAGGCCUAUCACAUCAGCAGGGAAAAUCUUAGGUUACAACAAUGCAGUUUUUGGUUUUUCCCCUUAUGGGAAGUAUUGGCGCGAAAUUAGAAAAAUGGCCAUCCUUGAGAUCCUCUCAAGCUAUAAGCUUGAAAAGCUAAAGCAUGUGAGAGACACUGAAACAUUGUCUCUUGUCAAAGACCUGUACUCAUCAAUAUCAUGUCCAAAGAACGUGAAUGGCUCAACAACUCACGUGCCUAUAAGCAAUUUAUUGGAGCACAUGUCCUUCAAUAUAAUUGUGAGGAUGAUAGCUGGGAAGAGAUUUGGAGGGGACACAGUUAAUCAAGAAGACAAUGAGGCAUGGAGGCUAAGAAACGCUAUCAAAGAUGCCACAUAUCUAUGUGGUGUUUUUGUGGCAGCUGAUGCUAUUCCAUCCCUUAGUUGGAUUGAUUUCCAAGGGUAUGUGAGUUUCAUGAAGAGGACUAAUAAGGAAAUAGACCUUAUUCUUGAGAAGUGGCUGGAAGAACAUCUAAGAAAGAGAGGUGAGGAGAAGGACGGUAAAUGUGAAAGCGACUUCAUGGAUGUGAUGAUAUCUGCUUUCCAAGAGGAAGAAGAGAUUUGUGGUUAUAAGCGGGAGAUGGUUAUCAAAGCAACAUCAGUGCUUCUUAUCCUUACUGCCUCAGGAAGCACAGCCAUAACACUAACAUGGGCACUCUCCUUGCUCCUAAACCAUCCAAAGGUCCUAAAAGCAGCCCAAAAAGAACUGGACACCCAUUUAGGAAAAGAAAGAUGGGUCCAAGAAUCUGACAUAGAAAACCUCACUUAUCUACAAGCCAUUAUCAAAGAGACCCUUCGUUUGUACCCUCCAGCACCUUUAACUGGGAUAAGGGAAGUUAUGGAGGAUUGUUGUGUGGCCGGGUACCAUGUCCCAAAGGGAACACGUUUGCUUAUUAACCUAUGGAACUUGCAAAGGGAUCCAAAAGUUUGGCCCAACCCUAAUAAGUUUGAACCCGAGAGGUUCCUCACCACUCAUCAUGACAUUAACUUUAUGAGUCAAAACUUCGAGUUGAUCCCAUUUAGCAUUGGAAGAAGGUCAUGUCCUGGAAUGACAUUUGGGUUGCAAGUCUUGCACUUGACUCUGGCUCGAUUGCUUCAAGGGUUUGAUAUUUGCACAAAGGAUGGAGCUGAGGUUGAUAUGACUGAAGGGUUAGGAGUAGCUUUGCCUAAGGAACACGGACUUCAAGUUAUGCUCCAACCACGUCUUCCAUUGGGGCUUUAUGAACGACUUUGAAUAAAGUUUGUGAAAGUUAAAUGUAAUAUUUUUAUUCUCAUAUAUUGCAUCCCUCAAUAAUUUGACUGUACUUUGGGUUGUGAUGUCUUAUUUUACCAGUCGUUUAUGUAGUUCAAUUGUAACAAUUAGUAGUACGUAUUGGAAUAUUAAAAAAUUGAUAAUGUAUUUGUAUGGUGCAUAAUGUUA